AUGGCUGCUGAAACCGCUACUAAGGAAACCAAGAAGAAUGUCCCCAAGGACAACAAGAAGAAGAGACUUUCUCGUCGUGAAACUUAUUCCUCUUACAUCUACAAGGUCUUGAAGCAAGUCCACCCCGAUACUGGUAUCUCCAACAAGGCCAUGUCCAUCUUGAACUCCUUCGUCAACGAUAUCUUUGAACGUAUUGCUACUGAAGCCUCCAAGUUGGCUGCCUACAACAAGCGUUCCACCAUCUCUUCUCGUGAAAUUCAAACCGCUGUUCGUCUCAUCCUUCCUGGUGAACUCGCCAAGCACGCCGUCUCUGAAGGUACCAAGGCUGUCACCAAGUACACCAGUUCCAAAUAA